GUUGGCUCUUGCUGGCACCUGAAGGCACUGAUUUCGACAACCCCGUUCAUCGUUCUCGGAAAUGGCAGCGCCGCUUCUUCAUCCUCUACGAGCACGGCCUCCUCCGCUACGCCCUGGACGAGAUGCCGACCACCCUGCCCCAGGGCACCAUCAACAUGAACCAGUGCGUGGAUGUCGUAGAUGGAGAGAGCCGCACAGGGCAGAAAUUCUCCCUCUGCAUCCUGACCCCGGAAAAAGAGCACUUCAUCCGGGCCGAGAACAAGGAGAUCAUCAGUGGGUGGUUGGAAAUGUUGGUUGUCUAUCCGAGGACGAACAAGCAGAACCAGAAGAAGAAGAGGAAAGUCGAACCGCCGACCCCCCAGGAACCCGGUCCAGCGAAGAUGGCUGUGACCAGCAGCAAUAUCCCGGGUGCCGAGAAAGUCCCGACCACCAAGUCGACCCUCUGGCAGGAAGAAAUGAGGGGCAAAGACCAACUGGACGGAAAUGGGGCAGUGGGUUUGGGUUCGAGCCUGGCUCCGUCUGCCUGUUCCCUGAAGGAGCCGAUGCUGGAUAGCAAAGAAGACGAGAGCGCAAUGAACGGCGAUCGAGGCGACUGUGGGCGGAAGGCACGGGUGGAGAGCGGCUAUUUUUCCCUGGAGAAGACCAAGCAGGACGCUAAGGCAGAGGAGCAACGACUGCCAACCCCACCGUCCCCUCCCAGCCCCGGCACCCCGAACAACAGGAGGUCCCAGGUGAUUGAAAAAUUUGAGGCCCUGGAUAUUGAGAAAGCGGAGCACAUGGAGACCAACGCGUCCUGCGGCUCUUCUCUCUCCAGUGAGACCCGGCAGGGCAGGAGCGAGAAGAGGGUUUUCCCCAGGAAGCGGGAUUUUGCUGCUGAGUCGGCGACAGGCUCCGUCUUGGACAUGUCAGCUUCUCCGCUGUCUCCUCACCGCAGAGCCAAGUCGCUAGACAGACGCUCCACCGAGUCCUCUAUGACGCCCGACUUACUGAACUUCAAAAAAGGAUGGUUGACCAAGCAGUACAAAGACGGGCAGUGGAAGAAACACUGGUUUGUGUUGACGGAUCAAAGCCUCAGAUAUUAUCGGGACUCAGUGGCGGAGGAGGCGGCUGAUCUUGAUGGAGAGAUUGACUUGUCCACGUGCUUCGAUGUGACGGAAUAUCCAGUCCAGAGGAACUAUGGCUUCCAGAUCCAUACAAAAGAAGGAGAGUUCACCCUCUCCGCCAUGACUUCUGGGAUUCGCCGGAACUGGAUCCAGACGAUUAUGAAGCACGUGCGUCCCACAACCGCUCCAGACGUGACCAGCUCCUUGCCGGAGGAGAAAAGCAAAACCAGCUCGUCAUUCGAAGCCUGCCCCAAGCCGAGCGAGAAGCAAGACUCCGAGCCGGCCGAAAUCGACCCCGAGCACAAGCGCAGCCGCGCCCGGGAGCGCAGGCGGGAGGGCCGCUCCAAGACGUUCGACUGGGCUGAGUUCCGCCCCAUCCAACAGGCCUUGGCCCAAGAGCGGGGGAGUGGAGUGGAGCAGCCCAAAGGUGGGGGGCCCGUUCCUUUCCCCGGAGAGCUCAGCCCCUCCGACGCGGACCCCGGGGAGCUGGAAAGAGAGCGCGCGCGGCGGAGGGAGGAGCGGCGGAAGCGUUUCGAGAGCCUGGACACGCCUGACGGGGGGAGCCCGGAGGACUUUGGCAGGAUGGAGGUGGACAGAGUCCCCGGCUUGCCCAUCACUUCAGAGGUCAAGCCGCAGAAUGUCCACGUGGAGAUUGAGCAGCGCUGGCACCAGGUGGAGACCACCCCACUGCGCGAGGAGAAGCAAGUCCCCAUCGCCCCAUUGCAGCUUUCGCACCCUGAUGACGGGGAUGAGAUUCUGCACAAGCAGCAUCUCACGGCACUUCUGGAGAAGGAGCUGGAGGAGAGCCAAAAGGCGGCUUCUGAACUCCUGGAGCAAAACCGGCUUUUGCAAGACCAGCUGAAGGUGGCGUUGGGCCGCGAACAGAGUGCCAGGGAAGGCUACGUCUUGCAGACUGAGGUACCCACGGCUCCGUCGGAGGCCUGGCAGAGGCUUCACAAGGUCAACCGAGACCUCCAGAGCGAGCUAGAAGUCCAGUGCCAGCGCCAGGAGCUGAUCAGCCAGCAGAUCCAAGCCCUGAAGCGCAGCUACGGGGAGGCCAAGGACGUCAUCCGGCACCACGAAGCAGAGAUUCAGAGCCUGCAAGCCCGGCUGGGCAACGCUGCCGCAGAGCUGUCCAUCAGAGAGCAGACGAUGGCCAAGCUGAAGAGUGACCUGAAGGCCGAGCAGGAGAAAGCCCAGGAGCAGAUGGAGGAAUGGCAGCACAGCGAGACGGCCCUGAGCUCCCAGCUGAAGGCCAGCGAGCAGAAGCUCAAGAACGCGGAAGCGCUCCUCCUGGAGAAGACCCAGGAGCUGAGGGAUCUGGAAACUCAACAGGCCCUGCAGAAGGACUACCAGAAAGAAGUCCAGCGUCUCCAGGAGAGGAUUGCCGAUGUGAGCCGGCAACUCACCGCCAGCGAGCAGACCCGUGUGCUCAUGGAAGAGAAACUGCAGCGGAACUACGAAGCCCUGCUGGAGAGCUGCGAGCGGGAGAAGCAGGCCUUGAUCCAGAGCCUGAAGGAAGUGGAAGACCGAGCCGGCGAAUACGAGAACCAGCUCCAGAACAGCGAGCGGCAGAUGGAGCUCCUGCAGAAGGAGAAACUGACAGCCAAGUUCGAGGGCAGCGAGAUUGUCCACCAGCUAGAGGAGCAGCUGGAGAUGAAGGAAGACAGCAUCCAAAAGCUGGCCGAGCACAUCAAGGACCUCGAGGAGGAGCGGGAUCAGAUCAAAUGCAGGUUCCAGGAGCUGAUGAACCAAGUGGCCGAAUCCAACCACGAGGUUGCCAAGCUGCAGGAGAAACUGCGGGCUGAGGAGAACAACUCCAGCACACUGGAGCGGUCCUACAAGGAGGCGUCGAGCCAAUUCCAUAACUUGCAGAAGGUCGUGGAGGAGAAGGAGGAAGAGUUGAGAGCCAUACGGGAGAUCCAUCUAAAAACUGUCCGAAAGGAUUGGGAUUUGGGAGAAUCUUCGCUGGGAGCGGAAGGGCACCAGCAGCCCGAACAAGAACCAUUGAAAGCAUUCGUUGACAAAAAUUCGGGGCACGGAACGGUCAAUUCCUGCACUGCGCUGGAGCUUGAUGACGACAGAGCGGCACAAGAUCUGCAGGCUCCGGGAGGAAUCCCCAUUUUAGAAUGCAUCCCCGCUGAGGAUGACAAUUCCAGCCACAGACAGAUUUGUGAACAGGCCACCCUAAAAUCAGAACAACACAGGCCUCCGUUGAAGCCUGUUCACCUUCAAGAUCCUUGCCAGAAGGAUCUGGCCAAACUCGACCCGGAAACCCCAGGAGCCAAACGGCAGCGGAUCCGUUUCUCCAGCAUCCAGUGCCAAAAAUACAUCCACGCAGACAGCUCGGAGAAAACGUGGGCCAGCAGCACUUCUUCAGACACCAGUCAGGACCGCUCACUUUCUGAAGACAGCAUGUCGUCCGAACCAGCUCCUUGUUACCCGGCCUCGGGCGACUCGGAGACAUACCUGUCCAUCAUCCAUUCCCUGGAGACCAAACUUUACAUCACAGAGGAGAAGCUCAAAGACGUGACGAUGAAACUGGAAAGCCAGCAAGGGCACAACCAAGAUACCCUCCUCACGCUCCACCACCAGUGGGCCAGCACGGAAGCCCAGCUGAAGGAACAGCUUCAGGACAGUUUGACGCAAGUCGGUUUGUUGGUCUCACAGCUGGAGAGCGAGAGACAGGGCAAACUGAGGCUGGUGGCUGAGCACGCCGGUGAGCUGGGGGGGUUCCAGGGGAGGAACAGCCAAGCCUUGAUGUGCUUGAGGCAGUGUGGGGAACAACUGAGAACUCUGCCCAGGUCUGACCAGGAGAGAGAAGGAGAGAUCUUCUUGGACACCUUAUCCAGCAUAGAGAUCACAUUAUCUAAUGCAAUCCAGGCCUUACAGGGGACUCUGUCUUUACCUGAUCUUCCACCCCAGGAAGGCAGUAUGCUAGAAGACGGUACACCCGCCCCCCAGCAACUGCGAAUGGAAUUGUCUGAGCAAGACCAACUACGGUUGCUUUCCAAGAGGGUGGCGUUUGAAGCUUGCCUGAUUGGCCGGAUAGCAGAGUCUUUGCGGGACUCCACGUCUGAGAUAGCCCGGGCCCUUCGGGAUAUUCAUGGGACAGUGGACGCCGUUCUCCUAGAGCCUGCCAAUAUUUCCCAAACAGCGGUCGCUUUGGCCAGCAUCUUAUCAAAAAAGCUGGUGUUGGAGGAUGAAUUCUGGAGCCAAGUUGAGGAGUUAAGGAAGCACCUCGGUGAGGAGGAGAAAGAAGAAGAGAAGAUGGAAGCGGAUGGUGCCGGAUCCCCUCGAGGCCUCGCUUGCGCCGCUGGGGACAGCGCGCUGGUCCAAGCUGAGCUGAGUUUCGUUGCCCAGAAAAUGCGGGAGUCUUUCCACCGGAGGCUGAAGGCCAUUGAAGAGGACCUCCACAACACCAAAACAGCCCUUCAACAGCACAAAUGUAUGUUGGAGGAAAUCAUUAAAGCCUAUAAAACUCCUCAGUUUGAUGGGGUUAUGGACCAGAUUUCCAAAGCCCUUGAAAUUCAAGAGGGUGCAUCUGAAAGCAUCCGAGCUUCUUGGGGUGGGAGUGUUCAGGAGCCCAGCACAGAAGACCGCAGCUUGCAAGGUGUUAGCAGUCAAGCGUUGGCGUCUGUUCAGGAGGAGCUUUCUCAGCAGCUGAAAGAUCGAGCAAAUGUCUUAGAAGAAAUAUCUGCUGCUUUACUGUCCCUGUCCCCCAACGAGGCCCUGAAAGACUGCCAAAAGCUCCUAAAGAUUUCGCGUACUCCUCCCUAUUUGUUGUGCAUGGGGGAUCUCGAACGCUACUCUUCCCUCCUGGUCCAGGAUGCCAUUAUCCAGGCCCAAGUGUGUUACGGGGCCUACAGAGCUAGGUUGGAGUAUGAAAAGGAGGCACAGCUGAACAAAGAGUCGCUGCAGAACAUGGACACUUUGUGCCAGGAGCGCAUCAGGGCUGUGGCGGUCCUCAGAGAAGAGUAUGAAGAUUUGCUCCGUAAGCAGCAGAACGAGUACGCGAAGAUGAUCGGCGUCCUUGAAAAGGAGAACGUGGACCUCAAAGCUAAAGUGGCCCAGCUGGAGAGCCAGCGGAAGAUCCUGGAAGAAGAAGAACUCCAGCAGAGCAGAAAGAUUUUGGAGCUGCGAGGCAUGUAUGAAGAGGAGAUCCGGACCAUGGCUGAGCAGUUGAACAGAACGGAGGACACUCUGAAGGUGGAGAGGGCCAAGGGGCUCCACCAAUUGGACGCCAUUGUGCGGGACAAGCAGAAUUUGGAGCGGUACCACAUGGAGCAGAUCCAGAUCUUGGAGGACAAGUUCCAGGUCAAGAUGAAAGAGCUGCAAAUCAUUCACAACGAAGAGUUGCAGACGUUGCAAGAUCUCUACAGCAGGAAUCUGCGGGGCUUGCAGGAAUCUCUGGACGAGUACCGAAAGCAGCACCCGGAAGCGUUGACCGGAGAUGCACCCGAAGCUGGCCCGCUGGAAGCACCUGCUGAGAGUCAACUCGAAGGCUGGCCACCUGGCUCUGAUGGUGAGCUCAGCUCCAUGCACGGCUUGCGCGAACGCAUACAAGAGUUGGAAGCCCAGAUGGACGUCAUGAGAGAUGAGCUGGAGCACAAACACCUGGAAGGGAGUGCGUCAACCCUGCGGGAGAAAUACCAGAAAGACUUUGAGAACUUGAAGGCGACUUGUGAGCGAGGGUUUGCCGCCAUGGAAGAAACCCACCAGAAAAAGAUCGAAGACUUGCAGAGGCAACACCAGCGGGAACUGGAGAAGUUACGGGAGGAGAAAGAUCGGUUGCUGGCAGAAGAGACGGCGGCGACCAUCUCAGCCAUAGAAGCCAUGAAGAAUGCUCACCGGGAAGAGCUGGAGCGGGAGCUGGAGAAGAGUCAGCGGUCUCAGAUUAGCAGCAACAACUCCGAUGUUGAGGCUCUACGGAGGCAAUACCUGGAGGAGCUGCAGUCGGUCCAACGGGAACUCGAGGUCCUAUCGGAACAGUACUCGCAGAAGUGCUUGGAGAAUGCUCACUUGGCCCAGGCCCUGGAGGCGGAAAGGCAGGCCCUCCGUCAGUGUCAGCGUGAAAACCAGGAGCUCAACGCUCACAACCAGGAGCUGAAUAACCGCCUGGCUGCAGAGAUCACGCGGCUACGGACCCUGCUGACCGGAGAGGGUGGGCUGGAGACUGCCGCCUCACCUCUCACCCAGGGCAAGGACGCCUAUGAGCUAGAGGUCCUGCUGAGAGUCAAGGAAUCGGAAAUCCAGUACUUGAAGCAAGAGAUCAGUUCCCUCAAGGACGAACUGCAAACAGCCUUGAGGGAUAAAAAAUAUGCCAGCGAUAAAUAUAAAGAUAUCUACACAGAACUGAGCAUUGUGAAGGCCAAGGCCGACUGUGACAUUAGCAGGUUGAAGGAGCAACUGAAAGCCGCCACAGAAGCUCUUGGAGAGAAAUCCCCGGAGAACACCACAGUGUCUGGAUAUGAUAUCAUGAAAUCUAAAAGUAACCCUGAUUUCUUGAAGAAAGACAGGACCAAUGUUGGCCGGCAGUUAAGAAAUAUCAGGUCAAAGUCUGUUAUUGAGCAGGUCUCAUGGGAUAACUGAAAUGCACCAGAUUCAAGGGUCCCUGUCAUAUAGAGUCUGAAGGAAGGCUUGACAGUGCAGGAGCGCCUGAAGCUCUUUGAAUCCAAGGACUUGAAGAACGACUAGCUCUCCUUCCUGCCCGGCUUGACCACGCGCACCUCCUUGCUUGCAGCGUCACAACACGAGCACCCGUUGAUUUUCGUUGUUCCUUAGGACCCUCAUUGCUGUUUUUGUAUGGAUGUGAAAGACACUGAGGCAGUUCUUCGGCCCGUUGGAUGGACUUGCCGAGGGGCCGCCCUGACAUAUCAAGUUGAAUCUUGGCUAGAGGUGGAUGAGAUUGGGGGGGGGGUUCUGCACCCCCUGGCUCCUCAGACAAAAGCCCUUCCUACUGUAUACCCAUUACACUAAGUGUCAGUAUUACGGCUGGACAGCCUGUCAAUAAGCUAGCUCUGUUUUACCAAAUGCUUUGGUAUAACAACAGGGCCCCGAGGGAGGGAAGGGGGUUUCGACACACUGUGUUUUAGCUCCGCCACUGUCAACACUAACCCAAGCACUUACGUACAUGCUUUGAGCCAAAUUUUUGUACCUCUGAAACAAAACUUGGGAGUCUGUUCUUUAGCAUGGUUCGACCUGGAUUGUAGCCCCAAUGAGCAGAGCCAGCGGAUAACCUUGCCUACUCUCUCUGCAUUGUCAAAUGAUGGAUUUAUUUCCCAAAUCUGUUUUAGAACCUUCUUGAGAAGCUUUCUUUGUAAUCCGAUCGUGGUGUAAUGGACUCCUGCUUUUGGAAGAAGGAUAAUCUCCUCUUCCAACCUUCUGGGCGCCAUACGGUUCCCAGGGGAGUCCGUUUCGGCUGGCUUCCACUGUUCCAGAGUCCAGAGUCGUAAAUAGCAGGAUACUUAUCAAAGACCGGGCUUUUGGCCUGCUGACCAGUGAGGGUGUUCGAGGCAGUGCUGCUGAGGUCACAGCAGAAAUUGGUGCUUGGCCCAAAGAGAUUAAUUCUCUGUACUUAGCUGUAAGAUGGUGGGGCGGGGGGAUACCAGGAGCGGAAUCGCACAUUGCAAAAGAAGUCUUCUGAAACAUGGUGUUGGAGCAGCAUGCAAAAAUAAUGAAGGCGCUCCUGUCAGUUCUUGAUGCCAUUGUUUUUUUCCUGCAAACAUCAUUUUUGGGGUUGAGACACCACACGGCAAAGUUCCAGGGAUUUAAGCUCGGCAGCGGCUUCAUCUGACGCUUAUCUAGACUGGCAGUUUCAGGGAGAGGAAAGGGCCGGAUGAAAACUGUUGAAACAAAAAACCCGUUAGGCCCGUGGACACGUGUGGCCGUUGCUGUUUCAACGAAUUGGCUCUUUUGCUUUUUGCAGCUGUGGAAGAAUGUACUUCCAAGAAGGGGCGCUGUCUUAGAACUGGACUUUGUUCAUAGUUCUGUGCUUUCUUGGCGUGUGUCUCAGAAGUUCAGUAUCAGGUAUGAAAAAGGUGUCUUAAUUUUUUCUACUCGGCGCCUCUCAGAACCUCUCCUUACCUCAGGUGCUGGAGAACGGAGGGAGAGAAGCAUAUUGGAAUGAUCUUUGUCAUUACCUGGUGGGGCUAAAGAAGGAAAAUGACAGGGCAGCCAUCAAAGUAGUGGUUUUCGCGGUCUUUCGGCCCUGAUAGUUCACUGACUGCACGAGCUUCUCGCUUAUUGCCUUCUCUGGAGCUUUGAGAGAAACCUGGAAGGAAAAGGCCAGGCAAACAAAUUGUCUGUUGAUCCAUAGUAUCUUUUGAAAACAUGAAUGCCCCUCUCUUUUUUGAGAGCCUUCUUGACAUUGGCAUGCAAAGGGUUAGUCCGACCAAACUCCGUUUUGCUCAUCUGUUAAGUGCUGCAAACCAGGUGCUUUCUACACAUCGCAAGGCAAAUCGGUGUUUUGGGAACUGUAGUUCUUGAGCGGCUCGAGGGCCGUAUUUUCAGUUGCAACCUGCUGCAUUUUAUACACACCAACACGAUGAAAAGAACCAGAAUAUGAGUUCUAGUAAAAACAAAGUUCAACAAAGAUGGAUGUUCAGUAUAAAUACACCUGCGUAAAAGCCUUCCUCAGUCCAGUCUAUCUUCCUAUCCCCCUACCGCACUUCUUUGGGGGGGGGGGGGAUUUAAUUCAACUCUGGUUUCCCCUCGUCCUCUGAAGAAAUGAAAAAGGAGGAUUUGCUUGUGCUGGUAUGCCAAAAAAAAGAGAGAGAAAAAUCCCAAGCAGGCUGUUUGCUUCCUGUGGCAGCGGCUGCCCAAGAGUAGCCGGAUGAAUUGUUUUAAUAAAAUGUUGCUUUUUGUAAUGACGAUAUACUUGAUUAGAAUCCCACUGGACUUCUUUUUUUUUUUUGCGUUUUGGUGGUUCAUAUGCAGUACUUAAGUUUUGUCGUGAACACUCUAAGCACAGGCACGCUCCGCAGCUAACUUUUCCUUUGUAAUUCCCUCCUCCCCAUUUUUUUUUUAAAAACAGCUUUGUUAAUUCUCUUUAAAAUAAUUUAAAACCUGUAUAGUAUUCAAAGCACGCCGUGUAAAUAUUUAUUACUCAAAAACUAGUGGAGGGUUCUUUUGUUUUUGGUGACUAUUUUUUUUUCAGAUCUUGUUCUAAUACAAUGUCCUUUCAACUUGGAAAAGGAAAUUAGUGUAUCCUGAUAAACUGUGUUCCCUUCCAGACCGUUUUGUUUGAAUGUUAUAUAUUUUUUAAAAAUUCUGAUACCUUUUUAGUUUUGCAAAUAGCCUGUCCAAAGAACAUGUGAAGUCUUUCAGAACUUUAAAAUUACUUAUCUUUACACUGAUUUUCUUCCCUGUACAGUAAUCUUAUAAGUUGACAGUGGUAUAAACUCUUGAGUGUGCAGAUUUACUAUAUUUCUGUAGCGGUAAUGGUGGUAGCAGCUACUCUGACACUAAGCAUACACCAAUAUCCUUGCAUGGUAACACUGUUACAAAAGUGAAUUAAGGUUCCCAUAUAUUAGGUCCAAGAGCCUUACUAUGCUGUAGCCGUACAGGGACGUUGAUGUCUACGAGGAUUUCUGCAGACAACUUGUGUAGAUGCUGAUUCUAUCCCGUCCCUUCCAAAUUUCAUGGCAUGGAAUUGUGACAGCAUGGCAGAAUAGUGUUAGUUUAAGAUGACCGUUCAAUUUACAGUUACACUUCCAUUAACAGCUGAGCUGAGCCUUUACCACUAGAAUAUGGGGGGAAAAACCUUAGACAUAGAGAUACCAGUACUGCAUGACUUGAGAAAUAGUGAGGUCACCAUAUACAGUUGGCGUUUUGCUUUUGCUGGUGGUAUUCAAGCAGCCCAGCCCAAAGCCAUGCUUAGGAAUCUACUAGAUGGUGCAUGAAACGGGGGGGAAAGGGAUUUUGACAAUAGAUCCAGUUUGCCCAGUGUAGAUGGGCUCAGAGAAGUAAUUUGGAUUAGGCAUGAAAAAAGACAUGCGCAGCCACCGUAGCUUAAAAUUGCAACGUUCCUCUGUAAUUAAUUUUUAAAAGCCAGCCUCAAAAUCCACAUGCUGGGUUUGAGUGACGAGAGCAUAUAGUGGUAUAUUUCUCCGACACGGUACUAGUUUGGACAGGAUGGCCUCGACGGACUAACCACCACUGUAGUCUGGAAAGAAAGGGAGUAGGGAGGCUAUCAACUUGCCUAGGUGACAAGCAGACCCGUGCUCUGUCAGGACAGUUGAUGCUCUUGAAAAAUCAAAGUCGGAGGAUCGUGUUUUAUUCCCAGUGCUCAGCAAGAUUCCGAGGCAAAAAUGAGGCCAUAGCGGGUGGCGAUAAUGCAAAACCACGAGAGACGCACAUUCAAACAAAAUCGCUGCAAUGAGGAAAGGAGCUUUGGUCUCCACAACCCUGCCUGUAUGAUUCCGUUCAUUUUCAUUUGGCAAAGAAUUGUGAAUUUCCUGCUGGGAGUAUGAAAAGUAUCUUCCUCUUUAUUUUCACGCUUUGAAAAGAGCGGUCUCCCUCUUCAGCGGUUCACUGUAAUAGAAUUGUCACUUAUGUCGCAGUAUUUAUUCCUUACAAAAUCUUGUGUGACAUGCUAGGGGUCCCAUGGAUGUAGCGCUGAUGAUUUUUAUUUUGUAAAUAUAAUUACUUUACUAUACAUAAAACUAUAUCGUAAUAAACUAUUUUUGCACCACU